CAGCAGCAGCAACAACUGUCAUCUCGUCAGCUCGCUCGGGGAGGGCUUUGGAGUUUAAAACGGUGUGAAUAUGAUAGCCAUCUCUGGCCAUCGGGAUUGCUUAUGCAAGUGGAGAUCCGGAGGCACAACUACAAAGUGGCCCGUUCUAAAGGACUAACCUUACAGAGGCACAACCAAACAAUACGACGCUGCGGGGAUAGCCAACGGGCACAUUGUGGACAGCCGUCGAGGGGCCUCACGUGAAAUGAUUUCACCCUUUUGCAUGGAGAGAGGGGCCUGUUCGAGUUGUGACGAGUGACAACAACGGUGGAUAUAGAAGCGUGCGAGGGAAGGGGCCGAGGAGGUGAGUGAAGUGGACGGGUUACCCCCCUCCUGGGUAACAAAAAGAUGACCGUGGUGUCCCAGGAGAACCGCUCUGAAGACACUGUGGUGGUGGCCGCCCCGCUGUUCCAAGAUGCUGUGGACCUGGAGCGAGGAGACCAAGAGUGCAGCGAGCGGGUCCUCAUCAACAUCUCGGGUCUGCGGUUCGAAACCCAGCUCAAGACCCUUUCGCGCUUCCCCGAAACGCUCCUUGGAGACCCGCGUAAAAGGAUGCGCUUUUUCGACCCGCUGAGGAACGAGUACUUCUUCGACCGGAACAGGCCCAGCUUCGACGGGAUCCUUUACUAUUACCAGUCCGGGGGGAGGCUCCGGAGGCCCGUGAGCGUUCCCGUGGACAUCUUCAUGGAGGAAAUGAAGUUCUACGAGAUCGAGGACGGAGCCAUAGAGAACUUUAAAGACGACGAGGGUUUGAUGCGGGAGGAGGAGCGCCCGCUGCCGAACCACGAGUUCCAGCGCCAGAUCUGGCUGCUGUUCGAGUACCCGGAGAGCUCGGGCCCGGCCCGGAUCAACGCCAUCGUAUCGGUGGUGGUCAUCCUGAUCUCCAUCAUCAUAUUCUGUAUGGAAACGCUCCCGGAGUUCAGAGAACUUCAGGCGCCUCCACCGCAGGAGAGCGCCAACGGAACCUUCACGCAGGGCAAGAAGCCCAACCCCUUCACGGACCCCUUCUUCAUGGUGGAGACGCUGUGCAUCGUGUGGUUCUCAUUCGAGUUCCUCAUGCGGUUCCUCUCGUGUCCCAGCAAGCCGGUGUUCUUCAAGAACAUGAUGAACCUGAUCGACGUGGUGGCCAUCCUGCCGUACUUCAUCACCCUGGGCAUGGACCUGGCGGAGCACCAGGGCAGCAGCCAGCAGGCCGCCUCGCUGGCCAUCCUCAGGGUGAUCCGUCUGGUGCGAGUCUUCCGCAUCUUCAAGCUGUCCCGCCACUCCAAGGGCCUCCAGAUCCUGGGCCAGACCCUGCAGGCCAGCAUGCGGGAGCUGGGUCUGUUGAUCUUCUUCCUGCUCAUCGGAGUCAUCCUGUUCUCCAGCUCCGUGUACUUUGCCGAGGCUGAGGGCCCCGAUACGGAGUUCACCAGCAUCCCAGACGCCUUCUGGUGGGCCGUGGUCACCAUGACAACGGUCGGUUAUGGAGACAUGUGCCCGUCGACUAUCGGCGGCAAAUUCGUGGGGUCCCUGUGCGCCAUAGCCGGGGUGCUGACAAUCGCCCUGCCGGUCCCCGUCAUAGUGUCCAAUUUUAAUUAUUUCUACCACCGGGAGAACGGGGAAGAGGAGGAAGGGCAGUACAUACACGUGACGUGUGGGCAGCAGCCGUCGUUCGGGGAAUUAAACUCAAUCGAGAGCAAACAAUCAAUUUCCAAAUCAGAGUACACCAUGGGGGAUGACGACUUGGAAACUCUGACGCGCUCCAAUGCCGGUGCGUGUCGUGAGUCGUACAGUGGCCAGUUGACGGACGUCUAGAUACGCCACGGGCCUCUACGCUCUGUGAGAGGAAGGUGUGACGGCCGACGGGACGUGGUUUUGACUCUUGUCAAUAUGAACUAUGGAUAGCCAACUCCAUUCAACUUCUCUGUAUAAGCGGACCAAGGAAUUGGUCACCAUGGAAUAAGUGAGUUUUGAGCGCCACUAUGUGGUUUGGUGAGAGCUCUGCAGGAGAAGGCCAUUUCCUGGCUCGGGCGUUGCAGUGUGGAAGGUGAACAAUGUGGAUUUUGUUUGACUCAGGUUUUUUGAAUGUUUUUUUUGUUCUUAAUAGAAAAGUACUGUUUUGAUCGUGAGAUUCGUGGCUCAGCAUGCAGAUAGAGGAAGCAUGUGUAUCCUUCAGAGUAGCAUUGCCAUACAAAUAGGAAAUGUAGGCUACUGCUCCAAAGGGGUGAGGUAUAUAUAUACGUGGUGAUGUUGUUGUAUCAGAAAGUAAAAAUUUGCAAAUACUUAAGCUCCUGGCCUACAACAGACGAGUCAUGGGUCUUUCUUUACGCGUACAAUUGGCCUCUUCUUGGUGUCAAUAGGCUGUCGUUUACAUGUGAUUUUGUCUUCGUUGAAAAAACAUCUCAUAGAAACUGCGAGUUUGGUCUGAAUACCUGUAUGAAAUGGAACCAUUGUGAAUAACAAGAUUUAUUUUUCUAUGCAAA